AUGGCGGCUGGCGGCACGGCGGAGCGCGGCGGGCUGGAGGCGGCGCUGCGCGGCCGCCUGCGCGGGCUGCGGGAGCGCUGGGCGUGGGGCAGCCGGGAGCGGGGCGCGGCGGCCGCCGAGCCGGGCUCCGCAGACGGCGCCGAGGAGGCGGCGGAGGAAGUGAGCGCCCUGCAGGCGCUGCCGAUCGACGUGCAACUGUACAUCAUGUCCUUCCUCUCACCCCAAGACCUGUGCCGCUUAGGGUGCACGAGUUGUUACUGGAGGGUGGCUGUGCAGGACCCCCUGCUGUGGAGGAAUUUUCUCCUGCGGGAUCUCCCGAUUUGGACAUCUGUUGAUUGGAAAUCUCUCCCAGCCGCAGAAAUUUUUAAUAACGCCUUUUCACAAGUCAGCGAUGAAGCCCUGUAUGACUAUAUGGCAGCAUAUAAAAAAAGCUGUCCCCAGACCAGAAGAAGUUUGAAAUCAAGCCGCCCUCGGUAUGGUGCUGUCACUUCCUUUUUGCAAUCACUGGUCACUCAGUCAGAACCUCGCUUUGCUAUGUUUGGGCCGGGUUUGGAAGAGCUGGAUGACUCGUUAGUACGAAAGAUGAUGACAUGCCCAGAAAUCCUGCUAGUGGCUGGCUUACCUCAAAGACGAAUUCAUGGAAUUGGAUCAGGAGUCAGUUUUCAGAUGAAUAAUAAUCAAAAAUUCAACAUUGUGACGUUGUACUCAACCACGAGUGUGGAAAGAAAGAGAGCGAGAGAAGAGCAAGCUGCUGUUGUGAAUAAGAUGUUCUACCAAGAGAACAGCAUUGUAGGGAAUCAGCAAGCUGUGCAGUACAAUGUAAUAGCUCAAGUUAAAAAGGUGUGCGAAGUAGUUGAUGGAUUCAUUUAUGUUGCUAAUGCAGAAGCUCAUAAAAAGCAUGAUCGUGAGGAGGAACUGGCUCAUAUUUUGGCUAUGAUUGAUCCAGCCCUUGGACCUCCUAACAGACCUCUGCUAGUUCUGUCUUGUGUCUCUCAUUUUGGUGUAGAAAGGAUUCCUUGUGUUUAUAUGGCACAUCAGCUGCAACUAAACCUGCUACCUCGACCCUGGAUGGUGCAGGACACUGUAGCUGCAACUUUAAGCGGAUUGCUAAGUGGAAUUGAAUGGCUCUUGGAGGAAGCGGAUUGUAAAAAUGCACAAUAGUUGAACUUUGUUUUACUGUAUAGAGACUUCUGUGUUUUAGAAUUCACAUGAAAUGGGAAUCUCAUCCUGACUCAGAAAUAUCAGAAAGGAGAUUUAAAAGAAAAUCUAGCAUAUAUUUCAGUGUACAUAAAUAAUUAACAUUGUUAAUUAGAAGAACAAGUAAGGUUUUGUGGGUUCCUGCAGCUGAUGAAGAAUUGAUGAAGAAUUGACUUCUUAAAGGUAUCUCGGUUGGUGUGUGUGUGUGUGUGUGUGUGUGUGUGUGUGUGUGUGUGUGUUAGUUUCUUCUUUUAAUCUGUGGCCUUCAGUGUGCAGUCUUUCCUAAGAAUAUCUGAUAAUCUAAUCUUUUCUGUAAAAAUACCAAACACUAGGUUAAUUUAUCAGUGUAGUUGCAUUGCACACGUCACACAUUUAGUGAUUUUAUUUAGUUAAUAUAAAUUCAGAGAGAGCUCAGCAGUGACAGUUGUCUGACCAAAGAAAAUACACUACAUUGUAUCUUGCUCUUGGCUCAUCUUUUGUAGGUUAACAGAUAAAUAGUAUAUUUUUCAGAAUAAUACAUUUCUCUCCUUUUUUUUCCUUCCCUUGAAGCAACUCUGGGAUAAGAAAUAGUGCUUGGGGGAGAAUUAUCAGAAUUUGUGGAAAUGGACAGGCAAAAUCCCUUGUGUCAAUCACAUGUGUCUUGUCUGUCAUCUUAUUUGUCAACCACCACAAAACACUAAGCAUCUUCAACUUUCUGCUGCAGAUAAAUUAGUGUAAACUGACAUACAUGUUGCCAUGAAUGAAUAUUAAAUGGAAUGAUUAAUCUUUGUGCUCAAGGACCAGUGCUCAAGGACCUGUCAAUUACUAAAAUAUUUGUUGCCAUUUGCAGAUGUGAAAUAUUUGACUUGAAAUUUUCUACACAGUUCCAAAUAUUUUUGUAAAGAGGGAAACAGCACUUCAGAUCUGGAAUGGUGUUUUUUUUGUAUUGUUGUCUUUUGAGAUAGUUCUGCUCCUGGUCUUCCACCUUUUAAACAAUUUUUAAUUGUUAAAUGAAUGUUCAGAGACUUCCUUUAGCUUUUUUUUUUUUUGCCUAUGACUGUAUUUGUUCUGUUUUGUUUGUAGUUUAUUUUCUUUACCUUUCUCCAUAGAAAUGCAGUCAUCUUGAAAAACUUUUUCUUAGUGCCUAGAUAGAUAAAUGGCUACAUGGUGUAAGUACAGCUAUAAAUACCUUUAUCUGGUAUGUGUUUGUGCUUAACACAGCUAUUUCAGGAACAUUCCAUUUAGGAAUUCUCUCUCUCUCUCUCUCUCUCUUAAUGAAGUAGUAUAGAGAUGGGGAAUGUUGUCUUAUUUUUCUUGCAUAUUUAUCCUGUAUUAACUCAAUUUUCUGGACUUUUUCCCUGACUUUGUAUCAGGGCAUGUUUGGAAUGAAAAUGCACGGGAAGCCAUACUAUGCUAAUUCUGCAACUAACUCUGCUUUGAUAGAGUAUAUGUACUUUGUCCUCAGAAGUAGGAUGCAAAACAUGAAUAACUGGAGAAAAAUUUCCACACAUUGAGUGCAUGAGAACUUCCCUAAAUUCUGUAGUGAUCUGUCUACUUGAAUGCAGCAUCCUGAUUCUGUGUUAGAUAUUACAAAUGUUUGUUUCUGUCAGAUUUACUUCUACUUUCUAAAGAAUAAAUUAUUUUUUUAAAAAUGGCAUUUCUAUUCUUCUUUCC